UCUCUAUCUCCCCCGAAAUCAGUCUCACUCUCACCAUUUAUAUACAGAUUCAGGUCUUACAAAUUCUAGGUUUUCAACCGCUUAAUUUGUUCUCCGUGAUGCAUAUGUGAUUGUUUUAGAGGAAUUAAGAAGAAGAUUAGGGUUUUUUUUUUUGCGAUUUCCGAUUUUGUUGAUUGUUCGAUCUGUUGGUUGGUGGAAUGGACUCGUCAUCAGUGGCUCUGUCGAACAACAACAGUAGGGGGGACGCAUCGUCAUCGCCUGACGCUGACUUGAUUUCUGUCACUCAAACGCUAGCGAAGGAGGCGUAUGUGCUUUUUCAGUUGGGGAAGUAUGUCGAUUGUCUCAAGGUCUUGAAUCAGAUCUUGGAGAAGAAAGCGGAUGAUCCGAAGAUUCUUCAUAACAUUGCUAUUGUGGAGAACUUUCAAGAUGGAUUCUCACAUCCGAAGAGAUUUUUGGAAGCACUUGAUAGUCUCAAGAAACGAAGUGAGAGGCUUGCUCAUUCAUCUGGGGAAAAUGCAGAGGUGUUGAACAACAGAAGCAAAGCUGUGGGAAAUAAGGGAAAUAAUGUUGUGGCCAAUCAAGUCUCUACCAUCAGUAGCCCACAGGGCAUUUCAGCUGACGAUUUUGAUGUUUCUGUGAUGAUGUUCAACAUAGCAGUCAUCCUCUACCAUCUACAUGAGUACGAAAAGUGUUUCUCCAUUUUGGAGAGAUUAUAUCAAAAUAUUGAACCAAUAGACGAGAGGGUGGCACGUCAUGUAUGCCUCUUGUUACUGGAUGUUGCUUUAGUAUGCCAUCAUGCUACAAGAGCGGCAGACGUGAUCAAUUACUUGGAAAGAGUUGGUGGGAAUAGCUUAGGCAAUCAGGGUGAUUCCGGAAGCUUCACUCAGCAACAACAAUUAACGAACCUAGUUAUGAAAUCUACUUCAGCACCCAGCAAUGUCAUAAUAUCAGAUCCAAUCAACUCCGAUUCAGCUGUUAAUGCAAAUGGCCCUGAAAGUCCUAUAUCUCGAACUCUGUCAGAGGAAACCCUUUAUGAAUCUUUGAUGUCAACUCUCGAUGUCAGUGGGGCCCAAAACCUAACGAGACCGUCAAACGAUCUCACAAGAACCCAAGCUGAUGAGUCUCUCAUUACAACUCCUGAUCUGAGGUUGAAAGUGCAUUUAUACAAAGUCUGGGUUCUCAUCCUCACGAGAAAUCUUAAAGCAGCUAAACGUGAAGUUAAGAUGGCCAUGAAUAUAGCACGUGGUAAAGAUUAUUCUCUUGCCUUGUUUUUGAAAUCACAGCUCGAGUAUGCUAGAAGGAACCACCGGAAGGCAAUAAAACUCUUGAUGGCAUCCGUCAGUCAAACCGAAACGGGGACUUCCGCAUUGUAUAAUAACAAUCUCGGAUGCAUUUAUUAUCAACUCGGAAAGUACCAGACUUCAGCAGUGUUUUUCUCAAAGGCACUCGGUAAUAGUGCUCAACAAAGGAAAGAGAGGCCUAGGAAGCUGUUAAAUAUCUCGCAGGACAAAUCUGUCUUUUUUGCUUACAACUGCGGGUUAGUCUAUUUGGCUAGCGGGAAACCAUCGCUUGCCGUUCGAUGUUUUCGACAGGCUGGUUCAGUUUUCUUCAAGCGGCCUCUCUUGUGGCUUCGAAUUGCCGAGUGUUGUAUAAUGGCUUCCGAGAAGAAAUUGGAUAUCAAUGUUAAUGUUGUUGGUAGGGGAAAAUGGAGACAACUUGUUAUCGAAUGCUGGAAUUCAAGAAACACGGUGCAGGAGGAGCCAAAUCUUUCGCUCACAUUCGCUAAAAGUUGUCUCCUCAAUGCAUUGCACUUGUUGGACUGUCCUGAUGAGUCGAAACCUGAUUUGGAUGAAAACUCGAAUCCCCGAGGGUCGAAUCUAAAAGCGACAGGCCAGGUGAAUUCAAAUGGGGAAGUGAAAGAGUCGAAGGUGGGGAACAGUAGCGGGAAUGCUUUGCUACAGAGCUCCAUUAACGAAUACGAGAGCCUUUGUGGAAAAGAGAACCAGAUGAUCUUGCAAGCCGUUCUUGCUGACCUGGCUUUCGUUUACUUGGAAUUGGGGAAUGCAGUGAAGGGCUUGGCGGCUGCUCAGUGUCUCUUGAGACUUGCGGAAUGUUCUCGGGUCUACGUUUUCUUGGGGAACCUUUAUGCAGCAGAGGCUUACUGCCUAUUGAACCAGCCUAAACAAGCUUCUGAGCAUUUGUCUAGUUAUAUGUCGGGGCAAAAUAAUACCGAAUUGCCGUACAGCCAAGAGGAUUGCGACAUAUGGCAGAUGAGGAAAGGCGUGGAUCUGGAAGAGCCAAAUGGCGUGGAGCAAGCAUUACCUCAAGGCGGGUCUUUGUUUUUGAAGCCAGAAGAGGCCCGUGGGGUUUUGUUGGCAGACAUGGCGGCGGUGGCGGCGGCAGAAGGUGACAUGGAGAGGGCACAAGAAGCAGUGGCGGUUGCAUUGUCGUUAAUUCCAGAGAACCCGGAGGUGGUGCUAACAGCGGCGUAUGUAGACAUGGUGCGUGGGAAGAGCGAAGAAGCGGUGGGGAAGUUGAAAGAAUGCAGGCAUGCUAGAUUUAAGUGAAGGAUGGGGAAUAGGAUUAGGUGAAAAUGAAAGAAAGGAUCCUUUAAAAAGGGAGGAUUUGAUUUGUAACAUAUAUAUAGGGGGAGGGGGGGUGGGGUGGUGGUCGUCUUGGUCUUUUUCGAGUAAAAAAAGGGGUUGGUUUUUAAUUCCAGUAGUAGGGGAUAUUCAAGUGCGGGGUAGGUCUAUUUGAGGUGUAGCUUUUGUUUUAAUUUUUACUUUUUUACUUUUUUACUUUUUUGGAGUGUGUUGUUGGUUCUCUCAUCUCGUCUCAUGUACUCAUUUUAAGUGACCAUGUUUAGUUGGUUUAAAUGGGAGUUGGAAUUCAAAUA